AUCGAUCGUUUCAAGAAAGUUUUCUUCUGUGACGCAUUCUAUAAAUGAAACAAAGCAGUAAUGCCUGGUCACAAUGCUUGAUCUUCUUAUAGCAAGAGAAACGAAAGCCUGAUAACUCUAGUUUUAAGGAACUACCCAGGAUCUCACCGUGUUUAUAACACGAUAGAGACCGCAAAUCUAGUGAAAUAAGAUGAAUGGGUACAAAUUAAGAAUAAGAAAUGACCCAAUGUCGUGAAAGCAAACUCAGUUUCCCAAACACUAGUUGAAUAAUCAAAGGUUGAUCGCCUAGACAGGUCAGUUGUUUUUCAGAUGGCUGAGGAUUAUGAAAGCAUAUAUCCUAGGACACACUCUCAGCAUGACAGUGAGUCGACAAAAGACCUACCUGACCAGCAUUUCAACACUUACUAUAAAAUGGUAGGAAAUAUAAUCCCUAUAGAGAAUAAGGUGAAUGAAUAACUGAGUUUUAAUGUUCAAACGUAUACUUGGACGUUCGAGGUCAAUCCCAGAUCAAUCAGCAUGAGUUGUUGCAAACUUCCUAGUCUUCUAUAACGAUUGGCCUUGUUAUACAUCGAUGGUGAGUGAUAAAAAUUGAAGGCGAUGGUUUAGAGAUUCAAAAUGACCUAGAACUUGGCAGUUGAUAAUAAACGCUUCCAAGCGCAUUAAGAUGCAUAUCGGUCUCCAAGGUACACGAUGAAUAACAUUGAGCUAAUUGUUUUCUAAACACACAAUGAUCUCGGAGUCAUCGUCAGCAAAGACUCAAAACUCCUGCACAUGAGAAAGCCACCAAAAGUUUUAGAACCCUAUGGACAGCACGUAAAGUAUGUACCUAUGCCGGUGUGAAUUAUUUUCGACUUCGUAUGGAAUGUUCUAUCGCACAGAAUUAUAGCAUCGCACAAGAGUGCCUAGCCGGUGCUUAAAAGGAGACAGUAGGCUGCUUGAGAAGAUUCGACGAACCGCAGCUGAGCUGACUACUGGAAUCACAGACCUCUCGUUCGACCAUAGACUAGCUAAAACAAAUCUUUUGAAGUUUUCAAAUAGAAGAAUCAAAUGUUAUUGAUUGACUGAGUGACAAGUAUGAAUCUAAUCUAGCCUUAUUUUUCUUGUCUUUCGAGAAAUAGAAUUUGAGAAUUCUCCAAAGAAAAUCACCAUUCAAGAACAAAUAUUGUGUCAGCUGACUAUCGACUGCCUCAUCUAGUCGUGAACGAAUGGAGUGUUGAAGCACCGUGUGUUGAUGCUCCUAAAAAGUAAGUCGUAUCAACAGAAAGAACAACACUGGCAGGAGUAAAAAGAGCCCACUUAGUCUCAUAUCAUUUUGAACUGAAACUGUGAUACGUAAAUCAGAGAGCAGAACAGAGGAAUAAAAAACAACGGACGCAAAAUCCAAUAAAAACUAAUUAACUGUCUUUGAGAGAACUCUACGAUUGUUGUUGAUCAAAGUGAGGUUGACACAGUCUAUAUACAUUGUUUCGCAAUCUCUAUAGUGAGUUUCAUUCUUUUAAAGCAAAUAAUUACUAUUUGAUGGUCACAAAGUUAUUGGAUGGUGAAUAAGAAGGGCAAUAGAAAACGUUGUGUUUAAGUAUGCUAAUAAUAUAAAUACCACGAAAACAACGAGAACACCACCUCAAAGUGCAGAAGAUGGAAUUGUGUCAGAAAUUCGAUAAUGUCUUCCCGCCGAAAAUUCGCCGUUGGCUCGGAUUGGCGCUAGCAAUUUUCGAUGUUUUUCUUUUUGGUGGCUAUCACUACGGCUUCAAUUCCCUCAUCACAGUCUACAAAUCAGUUGGCGUCUACGCUUACAACUGUACGGAAAAUGGCUGCUCUUAUCAUUAUGAUAUGUUCGGAGUUGUUUUCAUGGUUUGGAUGGUGUCACAAAUGUGUCUUAUUGUAUUUGCUGGGAUACUGAUGGAUAAGGUGGGGCUGAGAAUAUUAAAACUGCUGGCAGCUGUAGUAUACUUUACUGGUACCGUAAUGUUUGCAUUUACAACUGGUGAAACAGUGCCACUAUUCUAUGCUGCCGGUAUACUUGUCGCUUUAAGUAGUAUAUGCAGCUUGAUAUGCAAUCAUCAAGUCAGUUCCAUGUUCCCACAGUUUCGUGGUCUUUGUAUAUCGCUUUUGUCUGGAGCGUACGACUCAAGUUCGGUUGUAGCUUAUGUGUUGUCGUUGACCUAUCUUGUAUUCCCAUUCAAAUGGUCGUUUAUUAUUUUGGCUUGCGGCUCAAUAGUUGUUGGCAGUUUUGUGGCACUCUUUAUCCUUACUCAGAAAUCUGAAGAUAUGGGGAAAUUCUCCUCCAUCAACACAGAAGAAGAAAAGUUAUGUGAGAAAACGUCAAUUGAAAGUUCGGGAGAAAUGGAUAUCUAUGGAGAAAUAUCUUCAAUUUUGGAUAAACGUUACCCAUCUUUAUUAAGUUGUGUUUUUUCUUUAUCAUACUUACUGAUUAAUCUUUGGUUUACUUUGGGUUUGUUUCGUUUCUCAUUUUACCUAUCGCACUUAGCAAAACACAUAAAUGAUGCGUAUUCUGACAAGUCAACUGCAGAUCAUUUGUUAAGUAUUUCCUCAGCAUUCUUCAUGUCGAGUUUCUUGCUGUCACCAGUUACUGGUCUUAUGAUUGACUUCUGUCUCAAAAGAGCUCGAACGAGCAUUAAGAACAUGCUCACCAACGAACGUGAUUUAGCGAAUCCCGAUAAAAUGUAUUAUACUCUAACACUUGGCCUAGUCCCGGGACAAGGUCUUUUGGCUCUCUCUGCUGUUGCUCUGAGUGCAAUGAUGUUUAUACCUAGUCCUAUAGCUUCUUAUGCAUCGUUUGUAUUCUUGGUUAUAUUAAGGUCACUCUUAUUCAGUUGCUUCAUUAGCUUUCUUCUGUCUGCAUUCCCAAUACGUUAUUUUGGUACAUUGAAUGGCAUUACUAGUGCGGUAUCAGGUUUAAUAUGUCUCUCGACGAAUGCCUUUCUUCGUACUAGCAGAUCUACAGAUAAUUAUGUAACCAUGGCGAUAUCGAUCGGGAUAUUUGUUGUACCUAUUAUUUUUCUAAUCAAAUCAAGACAAUAAAUCAGUCAGUGUUGUGAUCUUAUGAAAAUCUUAUUUUUAUUUUUAUAUUGAGACCCGAAAUUAGAUAUGAAUGCUUCAAUAUUUAAAUUUUGCAACAACUUAUAUGGUGUAAACUUUCGUUAAUUAAUUAAUUUUUUCAAUAAUAAAAAUUUAUGCUG